AUGGAGACCAUGUUCCCGAUGCCUGUCGCCCGGUGCAAACAAAAGCCGGGGCCCGCCGUCGCGCAGCAGCAGUAUGCGCCGUUUCGCAUGACGUACAUGGACAAGAAGGCGUACAUUGAUCCUUUUGAGAUGGCGCGCGGACCUGGCUACCUCGAGAGCCCGCUCGUGGUCACAAAACGACCCAUUACACUCUACAAAGUCGAGCGCGCCAAAGGCUUCAACCCAACGCUGCCGGUCCACGCCGACGCCAUGUACGACGUCGACCACGGCAUUGCGUACGAGACCACACACAAGGGCAACGCGGUCGCGCUCAAGUCGGCGUCGCCGCGGUUCCCCGAGACUCGCGACCGCGCGCCAGGGCCAGGAAGCUACCACUGCGAAGAGUUCCAUGGCGCAUUCCCCAUUCUUCUCCACGUGGUCACACCACGGGACGCCAAGCAAGCGCAGCAUGAGAAGAAGGACGCGCUCAAGCACAUGAUGGGCGUCAUCCCGGUCCAGGAGACACCGACCCCGAAGCGGUCGAUUCGAAAGUCGGCGCCCUCAGCGUCAACGGACGAGCGCAAGACGGAACUUUAUAUGCACACACUGCAGGAUGUGGCCAUCACCUCGUCGAGUGAUGAUGCUGCGUGUACAUCGUCUCCGCUCGUGGCGCGACUCACGCCUCGCAACGCCUACAACGGCGCGUACUUGGCCCAAGCACCGUCGCCGACGCUGUGGGUGCAACCACCACCAACGUGCCACCGACCAACGCCACAGACAGUAGCAGUCUCACCACCCAAGAGUGGACGAAAGCAUCGACAGCGACAGUCCCCGCGGGUGUUUGUGCGUCUGACCCCGUGA